AUGGCUCGUAAAGCUGUGUCCACCCCGCCUUCGAAGAAGGUUCCCUCGCGCUCGCCAAUCCUGACCAGAACCCGUACCAAGAAGGUCAGCCAAGAGCUGAAAGAUGAGUCGAGGCCGGAGCAAAAGAAAGAGGAAGCUAAAUCUGAACUUGAAAAGGACGAAAUUGAGCUUCCUAGUGACAGCGACAGCUCAGACGACGCUGAGGAGCUCGAGGGCUUUGAGUCUGCUGACGACGAGGAAACCAAAGAACAAGACACCGUCACAAAGUCAAAGCACACGGUGCACACAGUGAUCAAGCCUGUUGAUACCAGUAACAAGAGCACCUCGAAAUCCAGCAGCAAAUCCAAGCACGGUGUGAUAUAUGUGGGUAGGCUGCCUCAUGGAUUUGAGGAAAAGGAACUGAAGAAGUAUUUCAGCCAGUUUGGCGAGAUUACCAGACUCAGGCUCUCGAGAAACAAAAAGACGGGAAAGUCGAAACACUACGCUUUUAUCGAGUUCGAGCACGCAGAAGUGGCCAAGAUCGCUGCAGAAACCAUGAACAACUAUCUGCUGUUUGAACAUCUACUCCAAUGCGCCGUUGUGCCUGCUGAAAAGGUGCACGAGAACCUUUUCCAGGGAGCCAACUCCAAGUACAAGCCGGUGCCGUGGAGCAAGAUUGCGCAACUCAAGAACGACAAGCCUAAAUCCAAGGUCAGGUGGGAAAAGCUGCAGAAGAAGUACCAGGAGCAGAACGAGAAGAGACUCCAAAAACUCAAACAGCAUAAUAUCGAUUACGAUCUCAGUGCUCUGUAG